UCUAGGAAUGUUUUAUUUGAAAUUGAUAGGGUUGUUACCAAAUGUCAACUUAAUAAAUUAUAUAUGUAACAGGUUUUUUGAAAGGAAAUUUGUAGAAUCCCUUUAUAUAAGCGGAUAUUUACCAUACUUCCACAACAGUUGGAAAAGAGCUGAAAAAUGGGAGUAAAACUAUUAGUUUUGUGUUUUAUCGUCAGCGCCUGCGCUGUUCGACGACCUCCUCCUCCUCCUCCUCCUCCUCCUCCUCCAGGACCACCAAUGCCAUUUGUGUGUCCGGCGUCUAAAAUAAUCACUACGUGCGAUUGUAGACCUGAGUUAAACCGCUGUAACGUCGACAGUGACUGUCCAGGCGGACAAAAGUGCUGUGACCAGGGGUGUGGGUGUCGACGGAGGUGUGUGAACCCAGUCCUUAAACCAGGCAGACCAGGAAAACCCAACACGUGUUACGAACCAAAAGAGGUAGGACUCUGUAGAGCAGCAAUCCGAAGAUGGUGGUACAACGAACAAACCAAACAAUGCGAAACCUUUAACUACGGUGGAUCUGGGGGAAAUGGAAACAACUAUAAGACAAAAAGACAAUGCGAACAGCGCUGCAAAACGAGAAAACACGACAGAAAACUGUUACGGACAGGCAGAUCCAGGAAAAAAGCAUGGAGGUAAACCACAUUGAGGACAUGACAUUACGUUGGAAUAAUUUUUGUUUAAAGUUAUGUCCUAUCAAGGUGUAUUAAAUAUCAAAAGAAAUACAUAAUCAUUAUGA